AUGGAAUUAAUAAUGUCAAUGCAAUUGCUAGGUCAUCAUCGUAUGAUCAUGUUCGUUUUGUUGUUUUGGUGCAGCAUAGCUACCGAAACCAAACCAGCGUCGUCAUCAGAAUUAGCUCCGCCUAUAGCAAAGCUAAAUUGCACGACGCACUGCGGAAUUAAUGUCAGCAUCCCUUACCCUUUCGGCGUUGGACCAAACAAAGAUUGUUACUUUAAUGAAUGGUUUCAGAUAGACUGCAACGAGUCUACUGGGCACAAGCCUUUCUUGAGGCGCGUCCAAAUGGAGGUGCUCAACAUUUCUAUUGAUGGCACCCUUCAGGUUAAAAGCCCUGUUACUUUCUUCGGCGGUUGCAAGGGAAAGGAAACUCACCAAGCCCCAAAUUUGACGGGAAGCCCUUUUGUGUACUUGGACAGAAAAAACAUGUUCACUGCAGUCAGCUGCGGCCGUCUUGCUACCAUGAGAUCAGAUGAGAAUGUUGUUCUAGGAUGCAAUUCAACUUGUGACGAUCAGAGUACAGAUAGUGCUGCUUAUCGCUGCGGUACCAGUGGAACUAACUGUUGCCAGACUACCAUUCCUCCAAAUAUCAGCGUUUUCACUGCUGAGAUACAGCCAAGAGAUCAAAUUGAUGGUUGCAACUAUGCAUUUCUUGUUGACCAAGAUUGGUUUUUGAAGAAUUUAUCAAGCUACAGAGCUAUCCAAGGAAUGGACAGCGUUCCCGUGGUGCUGGAAUGGAACAUCAGCUUAGACAACACUUCACACAAAGCAUUUGAAGGAUUUAUUGGAAGAAAAGUACGUCAGUAUGAUGGAAAUAACUUUAAUAACGACUCAACACCCUAUUGCGAAAUAUAUAAUGCCACUACUUCGACAUACAAUCAGUCAAGCGUUCAUUGCUUCUGUCCGGGGGGCUUUCAAGGAAAUCCUUAUCUUCUCCAUCCUUGUCAAGAUAUUGAUGAAUGCAAGCUUAAUCGGUGUAUGGAUCCUGGAAUGCUAUCUUCAUUGAAUUUCAGUGGCAGUCCUAUGUUUGUUCCGCUUUUCCAGCAAAGAAAAAAUGAUGAAGCAAUUUCAGGAACAUAUGAAAGACAUCUAUUGCAGACAAAGAAGAUGCCUGGAUUUUUAAUGGAGAGGAAGGUGUUUUCAUGGGUCCCGGACUAUUGUUGCUACUCGUUGGUGCAUGAGGAGUUGGAGAAGUCCACUGACAAAUUCAACAUUGAUAGAAUUCUUGGCCAAGGAGGCCAAGGUACCGUCUACAAAGGAAUGUUUGCAGAUGGAAGAGUGGUUGCGAUAAAGAAGUCUAAGAUAAUAGAUGAAGGUCAACUUUCAGAAUUCAUCAAUGAGGGCACAUUUGGUUACCUGGACCCUGAAUACUUCCAAUCAAGCCAAUUUACGGAGAAAAGUGAUGUCUAUAGUUUCGGAGUUGUCCUAGUUGAGCUCUUGACCGGACUACAACCAGUUUUUGCGAACCGCCCCACGAUGAGAGAGGUCACGGCAGAGUUGGAGGCCAUUCAAAUGUUGAUUGAAAAAUCUUCUAAUGCUCAACAUGAUUACAAUGGGGUUGAACUUGCUAUAAACGACACAAAUGAGUAUUUGGAUGUUGUUUCAAGUUCAACAGAGUCAGCCUCGGAUGCGGGCACAAAUUCAACUUCUGAUGAAUUUUGA